CUGUAACAGUGGCAACAGCCGACGCUGGGCCUGCUUCAAAUUUGUUUACUGUGAAAACUCAAGCGAAAAUAUUGUGUAACUUCUCCCGAUUCCUUCUAAAGACUAGUUAUUCUUGCAUUGGAAUUACUUGUCUGGAUGCUGAAAUCUGCUAUUACAACCCUACAAAGCAUUCUAUCGUGUUUUUUCGUUUCGCGACAUAGCAGAACACAUGUUCAGUAUUUCCGCUACCUCAGUAGCAUAAAUGCUUUUUUUUUGUUGCUCUGUAAUGCUUGAAGAAACGUCUGUGAACAAGCGAAAGGAUAAAACUAUACAUCGAUCAAAUUAUAUCUAUUAACGGUACUACAACUCGUUUGUUAAAAGCCCAACUUAGGAUACUCAAAUUAGGACGUCGACAAAAAGUUGCACUCGAAGCGAACGUGGCUCCCUUAUCUGUCCCAAGAAGACCAUUACAUUGGAUCGGAUACUACUAGUAAGAAGCCCCAGUUUUCAUUGGCUAUGCGACUGUCCUGUGAGGCUCAACUAUCUUAUCGAAAAAGUAGUGGCAAUAGACGAUUGGGUCAAGCGGUAAUCACGAUCACCCCAGACCUACGCAACAGAUCAGAGUACGUUCUUACUGUCACAACAAGGCAAAAGGAAUCUGGUCACAAGUACAGGAAUUUGAAAGCGAACAUUAUCAAGGUCUACACCAGUUGUGUGCGUGAGGGAAAACUUACGAUAUCUCUUAAGGAACCUGAACACGAUAUCCUUAUCAAGAGGGCAAACGUUGCGUUGUUGGAAAACUUCGUUAAAGUACUCCAUGCGGUCCAGUACGGGCUGGAAGUACCUAAGAGGUUUACUGCCCAACCUCCAACAAAAGUUCAACCCAAAAUUACAAGGAUGGUUAUCACAAACAGGAGCGAGUAUCCCCUCAGAGGUUUUCCACAAGAUCUUAUUAGUCUUCGUAUUGAAAACAUAAAAUUGAGUCGUUUGCAGAACAAAAUUGCAGACCUUUCGAAUCUCACCGACCUUGCGGUUGAAAACAAUUUACUUGAAGAAGUGCCAAAAGCAUUGGCCACAAUGAGGCUAGUAACAUUAUCAUUACAAGGAAACAAGAUUAAAAAAGUAUACGAUAUUUUUUCAGGUACUCUUGGCUCUACGAUUAGAGUUAUAAAUCUAUCGCAUAAUGAAAUUACUCAAAUACCAUAUUCGUUGUGUCGGACGACACUUUAUAAGCUUGACUUAUCGUAUAAUCUUCUUGAGACACUCCCACCGAGUUUUUACGGGGGCGAUCAGAUGACUGUGAUGAAGCUCAGUAACAAUCGGCUUCGCUACAUUCCGGCGAACCUGCGAAUCCGAAAUGCCGAACUAACGUUGCGUGGCAAUAUAGAAAUAUUCCAAGCCAUUCAACCAACGAGACCUAGCCCUGACCCAAUGAGUUUGUUCGAUUCUGCCGGAAGAGCAGUUCGUCAAGCAUAUCCAGUUGUUUGGCUGAGAAUAACUGAUAGCGCAGUCCCUCGAUUCCUUUAUCCCUACUUGUUGUCGUUCGUCCCUUGUGCCGGUUGUGGACAACCAACAUUUCCAUCGUCGCAACGACGUACGUUGCGCCAGGUUUCUACAUUUGAUUUUGCGGGAUCUAGAGUGUAUGAUUUUAAUGAAACCGAUAUGGUUCGAAAAGCUUAUAUACUCUGUUCUCAGGCCUGUGUGCGAUCCUGGGCAGUUUUCCACUAACAGAAUGGAUCGCCCGUUAGCUGCAUCCAGAUUUUUUAUAUUAAUGUUGAGAAUGCAUUUGCUGUCAUUAUGUCACUAUGGUAAACAAAUGGGGUCAUUUAAGGCCACACAUUUAUUUAAUGCCUUUUGUUCAAAGGUUAUGUUCCCAUUAAUUUCACGAUAUACAGAGAUAUGCCAACCAUGAUGAUAGAAAAUCCCUUGAAAAAUACACAGAAUUGCCAGGCUUGGUUGGUAUUUUUUAAUUACUAUUCAUUGAUGGGCGCACUUGUAUAAUUUCGUUGUAAAAAAAAAAUAUGUUAGAGUAAGGCAACGAUUACUUAGGAAUGGUAAAAAGUAAAGGAAUACAUACCCUACAAAUAUAUUUCAAACUCUGAGAAGAGUUUAGGAAAAAUUGUGGUAUUUUUGAUUAUAAAAGUUUUGUUUGUGUCAUUUACUUUGAAAAAGUUUUGAAAUAUCUUACAUGGUUAAUUAUGAGCGACGUUUUAUAUAAUCAGUAUUGCCAACACAUAAUUGAUUAAUAUUUUUUUACAUUUUUACAAAAAUAAAUUACACAAAAACCUAUACUUUUACACAUGAAGAUAGAUAUAACGUUUUAUGUUCAAUUCUGCUUUUUCAAAUCUCGUUGAUAUUUUUAACCUGUUUUAGCCUAAAAAAACAGUAAAAAUUUAUCUUUGUUGCCUGGAAAGAUGGCUUGAAUAAAAUGUUAACCUGAAUUUCAAGUGGCCAUCUAUAAUUUGCAAAUAUGUAUUAUUUCAGUAAUCUAAUAAGGCUCCUUCAUAGAACUUUAGGUACCUUCAUUGUGGGCUUUCCACACGCCGAUGAUACUUGACUUCGUCAAAAAUGAUUUUAAAUCCCCACUAUUUUCGAUCCAUGUUCCCAGCAAACACAUGGCAGUCUAUUCACGGCAUAAUAAGUCGUUCACUAUAAUUAACGAAACAUGCUGAACAAAAAAAGGCAGCACACAGGGAUGAGGUAUGAGGUCUACGAGCUGGAGUUUUCUAUAUAGUACAGUAUGGUAAUUGGACCUAAACGCUGAUGCGCUUACGC